AUGAAAGAAGGAAUUGCAAUGAAUAUCGUUCAACUCAAUAGUUCAUUACAAGAAAACAGUAGGAAACGUAAACAGAAAAAAGAACUUAAUUAUACAUAUGGAAUUGUUACUACUGGUACAACAUGGUGGUACAUUAUGUUUGUUGAUGAAGGAAAGGAUGACCAAGAUAUACUACAAAAUUUUUUUCUAACAAUGGGAUAUGAAUCUCUUGAUGAAGCACUUUCUUUCCCUGAAGAUAAUCUUAUACCAAUUAAAAAAUCCGUUUUAAUAACUGACACAUUGUCUGCUCAAGGAAACUUUCUUCUGCAUCAUUUCAUAGCCAAUCAACUAAAAGUUAACAAACAUGUUGUUCUGGUAGGGUUUACGCAAAAGUUUGAACAUUAUUCAACAAUUGGAAGAAAGCUGGGUGUAAACCUUACUCUUGCAAAUCAAAAAGGAACCCUAUCAUUUCUUGAUGGAUUAACUUCUUUUUUUUUUCAAAAUACCAGUGAUAAUAUUACAUCAGCAGAUAAAGCAACUACAACCACUAAUACAACUUCAUCAGUAUUAACAGCAUCAAAAAAUGUCUCCAUUUCAAUAUCUAAUGGAAAAGAAGAUUUACAAAAUAUUUAUAAUACAAUAAAGGAAGUUAUUUCAACACGACAUUCAUCAAAGGAUGCUCAUGUAUCUUUAAUUUUUGAUGACUUAUCAGUUUUGAGUUAUUCAGGAUUUUCUAUAAAAGAUAUUUUAGAAUUUAUUAAAGCAUGUCGUGUUUUAGUUGAAAAGUUCGAGGGUACACUUAUAACAUUACUUCAUACUGAUGAUGUGAUUCUGGAAGAAGAAGAAAUAGAACAAAUAGUAUUAAUAAAUACACUAAUUUAUCAAUCUGAUUAUUUAUUAUCUGUUAAAGGAUUAGGAUCGGGAUUUUCAAGAGAUAUUUCUGGAGAAAUUAAUAUAGCCCGAGGUCCCCGAAAUUAUGAUAAAUGGUUCAGACCAGCAGUUUUACAUUACAAAAUUCUUGACAAUAAUGUUAAAUUCUUUGCUAAAGAUUUGAUUAUAAAAGAAGAAAAUGAAGAUUAUGUUUCUAUAGAAGUAGCUUGA